UAUGCAAACGUAUUGUUGACACAAACAGAUGACUCAUUAGACGACAACACGUUUACCGCUAUAGCAUUCAGUAGUGUUUACCGAUUGGUAUUUUGGUUGCCGUGGACGCCACCCGACGGGUCCUUUUUGAAUAAGAUAGUUAAAUGGAUAACAGUGCCAAACAACUACUUGAACAGUCCAUUUACCGAUAAAGUCUAGCGAGUGGUGUGUAUUGUUAUCAUCAACAAUAACAACGACGGGUCAUCACUGACCACCUGAACACUUGAAAUGGCCGAUCCGUUUGCCGGCUUAACGUUCAAUAACUUGCAGACCAUCAACAGCGGUACGUCUGGCGCUACAGUGGACAAGCGGUCGAUGAUGAUGAGCGCAAUGCAACAACCGAACCCGAUGUUGUUGCCGACAAUGGCCACAACCACUACCACCACAAACAGUAUUCAAUUGACGCCUACGCCGCCGUCGUCACCAAUGUUCAGGACCAUAACCACCACCAAUGCUGGUCAGUCAACCGGAUCCGUCAGCAACGACAGUGAUGAACGUCAAAAGUUCGAGAAGUACCGCAAGUUUCAGUUGCAACAGAAACGUCUUCAGGAGAUGUCGUUUGCGUCCACAACACUGGCCAACACUACUACUACCAGCGGAAACAUCAGCGGACAACACAACCAUACGUCUGCCGACCAAUUAAUGGCCAAUAUUAUCCAGAAAGUGGAAACUGAAGCCAAACUAGACAAACGUUUCUAUAGUGGCCAUAAACCGUUGCCGUCAGCUGUCAAUGCAGGCAACAGUAUGACAAUUGGUGGACAAGUAAUGACUGGUACGACCAAUGGUCAACUGUCGAUGAUAUCGGGCGCCAACACAAUGUACGGUCACCAACAACACUACCACAACCAGCGGUCAGUGAUGACAAAUAGCGGACAGAUACCGACAUCGGCGUCGACUAUAAACGGCUAUAGUGUUAGUCAACAACAACAACAACAGCCAACGAGUCAGUCGCUAUCAUCAUCACUGUAUACACAGAAUAAGUCGCUGAAGACGACACCGAUUCUUCAUCAGUUAUUUUCUAAUAAUAGUUGUUCUGCUGAUCAACAAAUGAAAAGUUCAAACAACAGUAUUAACCAAAACAUGACUACUACUACUAUCGAUACAAACCAAUCUACCAGUGCUUCCACUAACCAGACAUCAUUAUUACCAGCAGCAGCAGUAGUAGUAUUAUCAGCCGAUUCAUCAACAACAUCACAAUUCAGACAACAACAACAACAACAGCCAACUGUUACCAGCCGACAGCUUCCGUUAUGUUUUAAUGAUCAUUCAAGACUGCCGGCUGUCUAUCAACGAGUCUGGCAAUACGUAAAAGUUGCCGACGCCACUACCACCACCACCACUACUACCGAUUUGUGCGACACUAACAAACUGUAUCCGGUUCUACUAUCGGUAGGCUUGGCCCAGCCAGUGCUGGCACAGCUCUGGUCACUGGUCAAUCAGACAGUACCGGGACAGUUGACCCAACGUGAACUGUUGAUGACAUUGGCAAUGAUUGCAUUGAUCCAACGAAACAGUCUGAAUCCGUUAGAAGAUAUGUAUCGUUUAGAUACACUACCUGUUCCUAUCAUCCAGUUUUUUGGCGAUUCCAGCGAUAGUAAUCAUAAUAAUACUAAUAAUAGUAAUCAACAAUUAACAAUACAAUCACUGAACCCCAACAGCGCCGUCAUCUCAACGGAACAGCAAAUUGUUACCAAUCAAGCGAUUGGAAGUGAUAUAACAAAAGGUGGUACACCUAAUAAUAAUAAUAAUAAUAAAUUAUCAAAUCUGGGACCAAAUUACGCGCAUAUUAACACCACUGAUGAUGGUGAUGAAGAUUUUGAUGAUUUUAAGUCAGCCGAUUUUUCUACUGUUAUAGCACUACAGGAAUCAGCUCCGAUGCCGACUGGAUCAACAUUGGAUCAGCUAAUGGCCACAACCACUACCACCACGGAUUGGAAACCUAAUUUUGAAUCAUCGUUACCGCCAUCAGCGAUGAUGAUGACGACAACAACUACAAGUAAUACUGAAAAUGAUGACGAUUUUGCUGAUUUCAAGAGUGCGACUGCAAUCAGUCGUCCGACUAAAGAGUUAUUGAACACAUUUGUGUCGCCAAAGCACGAGAUGAGUCCCGCAAAUAACUUAAGCAGUGCUCUGGAGCUGAAUCUUAAAGCUAUGUCAUCGACAACAGCAGCAACAACUACAACAACAGCGGUAACAGGAUUACAGAGAUCAUUGACACCGAAUCCGACUCCUGUGUUAACAUUAUCAUCGGUUAGCAGUGCGGUAAAUUCUGGCCAAAACACGUUGGAUUCGAGUCCCGCCGAUUCAUUUAACGAUACGAUGAUGUCGACCAAUACUAAUCAAUCUGCUGUAGACAGAUAUAGUGUGUUUCGUGAGUUGACCUCCGACUCGAGGACGACAACUACUGGCAAUGGUGACGAUUUCGGUAACUUUUUAUCACACGAGACCAACUUUGACGCCCAAUCGGUGGAUAGUUUACAGUUUAGCGCUAAUCAGGACACCAAUAGUGCUUCCAGCGAUGUAGACACUGUCGAGUCGGUGAGUCAACUGAUUUUACAGACGGCUCGUCAGAUGAUACACAAGUCGUUCAAUGUAUUGGUGGUCAGUCACGGCGCGGACAGUGUUCUGGAAGCCAUGAGAAGCUCGGAUGGUAAUCGUUUUGCCUAUGAUUUAUUAGAAGUCUAUUCAAUAGUUAAACGUUUGGCCACAAGUUUGAAGUCAACAGAUAAAUUGACCGAUAGUUUGGCGAAAAUCAUCGAUGAUAUCGACAAAACAUGGCUAACAAUCAACGGUGUUUUCGGCAAAGCCGAUAUUAAUCUCGAAAAAGUAUGCGACAUACAACUAAACCAACAGAACCAGAGCUCUGGUACAUCAAUAAGCAAACAGUGCGCGAUAUGCUGUUGCAAAGCUACCGGCGAUCGGCCUAUCAUAACGUUUGCUGGCCAUGAAUACCAUACAAGUUGUGCCAAUUUAUGGCUCAACUGUAUUAAUCCGACACUACCGCAACCCAUAGCUAAUUGUCGUUAACUUACAGUUAAAAUAUACAGUAAAUGUGUUGUUUAUUUAUUAAAAUAAUUUUAUUUUUUUUUGGGUAACAAAUUCAGUUUAUGGG